AUGUCGGAUAAAAUUGAAGCUCUGAUUAAGAAAAUUUCAAAGCAACCCAGAAAUGACAUCGUGGCAGAGUUAAUUGGGAAGGGAGAUAUUGACAGUUUGACGCAAUUUAGAUUAAAAUUGGUCGAGAAAGGGAGACAAUUUGAGACCUUCCCAAAAGGUGACCCUUAUACUAGAAGGAAACCGAAAGGAUGCAGCAAGUUCUUGACCUUGGAAGAACGUUUGGCAAAUGAUAUUUGUGAAAUACACGAGUACUUUAAUACCGGGGUUGUCACAAUGGGGUUAAAGGACAUGUUCAAAAACGAAAAUGGAUCAUCCGAUCUAUCAGUUGUAAGUGAAUCAGGUGUGGUAAACACAAUUCAUUGGUGUAGUGAUGCUGAAGCUGGUGCAGAGAAACCACUCAGUCAAGUUACCCCAAGUCCAGCGGAUGGUUUGUCAACACCCACUGAAGCGAGGAAAUGUUGGAAGUCGAGAGACCUUACACAAAGUCUAGCAGAUACGUUUUGCCAGGUGAAUUCCAAUUCACAUCCAGUCACCAAAACCAAGCAUUCGGAUGAGAAAAUGUCCUGCAAAGACAUCCUAGUCUUAGUAAAAAACAUGAGAGCAGAACUCCUUGCAGUUAGGGAAGAAUGCGCUGAAUCAGUGAAAAGAUUUGAAAAUAAAGUUAAUGAACUCAAUUCUGUGUUGGAAGCUAGAAAUUCAAAAAUCCAAACGUUGGAAACUGAGAUAUCAAGCCUCAAAGGACAAUCAAAAGCCAUUCACGAGCGGUUUAAAGAGGAAAUAAAGGGAAAUGCUGAAGAGCUAACUUCUCUAAAGGGCAAAGUAGAGACCAUGGGAAACAAAGUCAGUAACACAAGUAGGGAUCUGGACCGUAUCAAGAAAAAGCAACACCAAGGGCAUGGUGAAAGCAAUUUAAGUAAACGGAAAUCCUCAAAGAAUUCAGUGGCGGAACCCCAGAGCACAGAUGCAAAUCCGUCAAAACACGGAAAAGGGGCAGAUCCAGUAGAAAAUAACAGAAAACCGGACACUCAGGAAGUGGAGACCUUAAAGACUACCACAGUCGAGAAAAGCCUCGCACAAAAGGAUAGAGAGCAAGCAGAGAUCACGCAAGGUGGCGGACAACUUAACGCACCUAAUGAAUCAGGGAAUAAAGUAACAGGAUGA